AAAAAAGAAGAAGCAAGCAGUAACUCAAAUAUCGAAUUUUUAGAAAGAAAAAAAUUCAGUCUUUUCUUCCACAACAGCAGUGAGAAAUCGCCCCCAUUUUUGAUUAAACGCAGUUGUGGAAUCAGCUCUUUGCUGAAUGUAUGAAAAAAUGCAAGCCAUUGGAUUGCUAACGCGUAGGUCGAUUAGGGUUUUGAGAAACCCUCCGCCGAGUUUGCUCAACUCAGUGUCGACGGAACGAGUCGACUCGUGUUGUGAAUUCAGCUCACCGCGCCGCGGCUUUCACUCCGCAGCGUUUUCAUCAGGGAAUAUGCACGGUGGUUUUUCAAAUGUUGAAUUAUAUAAUCGGAGAGAUAAAAUACAAAUCCCACCAUCAUCAAUGGUGACACCAAGCAGAUUAUUUUCAUCAGAAGCAGCAGGGAGUGGAAAUGAUUCUGCUGCAGAUGAGACAGUGAAGGAAAUAUAUGAUAAGGUGCUGGACAGUGUUGUAAAGACAAGAACUGCACCUCCGAAUGCAUGGCUGUGGUCGCUCAUUGCUAAAUGCUCUACCACUGAAGAUAUUAAGCUCUUGUUUGAUAUUCUGCCGAAACUUCGUACUUUUAGACUCUCCAAUCUCAAGAUACACAAUGACUUUAACAUCGCACUUUGUAGGGCAGUUACGAAGGCUUGUGUUCGUGCAGGAGCUAUUGACUUUGGUAUGAAGGCACUGUGGAAGCACAACUUGUAUGGAUUGACUCCUGACAUUGGCUGCGCUCACCAGCUCUUGUUACACGCUAAAGAGCAUAAUGAUGCUAAACUGAUGGUCAAAGUAAUAAAAGCUGUGCUGAAAAAUGAUUUACCUUUGCAACCUGGCACAGCGGAUAUAGUUUUCAGCAUAUGUUGUAACACGGACAGAUGGGAUCUGAUAACGAAAAAUGGGAAAAGGUUCGUCAAAUCAGGAGUAAGCCUCAGACAGACUUCCUUUGAAAAGUGGAUGGAAUUUGCUGCCAGAAAAGGAGAUGUUGAAUCCUUAUGGAAGAUUGAGAAUUGGAGAUCACAGGCUAUGAAACAGCAUAGUGUCUCGACUGGAUUUUCCUGUGCAAAGGGUUUCCUUCUUGAGCAUAAGCUUGAAAGUGCUGCUGCUAUCAUUCAAGUACUUUAUCAGACUGUGCCCGACGUCAGAAGGCCAUCUAUUGCGGUUGAGCUUCAGAAGCUAGUUAGCGAAUGGCCUUUGGAUGUUAUGAAGCAUCAAAACGACGACAACAGAAAGGUGUUUGCCGCAGCACUACAAACAGAUAUCUCAGAGCUGAUCAGUGCUCUACAAAGCCUGGGCGUGAGAGAAAACAUCACCAUGCUACAAUUUAGCUAAAACGAACCCAUCUCUUCUUAGAAGCCUCAAACUUCACUCUCAUACCGCAAAGUAGCAGUUUUGCUACGAGCCAGGCUAGUAGAAUUCUAGAUCUCUGUUGAAGCAAUUUUUUUAUACAACUGCAAAUCCGAAAAUGAAAGACGCCUUUGCUUGUUCCUUUAAAUCUGCACGAGCGCAUAUAAUAGUCGUUGCGCUUCUUGAAAAGAUAGACAAUGAAGUGAUGAAAAGGGCUUGAGAUUUUUCUUGAUCUGAGCAACAUUCUGUUGAAAA